UCUGUAUUUUCGGUGAGUGUUUUUCGUUUUUGGCCUCGUGGGGGGUGUUCGAGAUGGAGCCUCACUCAGGUGAGGGUUACUCCGCUCUCUCGCUCCGUCAUGGCGUUAGAUGUGUAACGGAAUCCGGCGUCUCAGUCGAAGACGUGCUUGUGGCAAUAGGCGAACAGGUGGGGUAUAGCAACGUUGUCUCGGCCUCACGGAUGAACAAGGCUGUAGUGAUUUUUCUAAAAGAACGGAACUUUACCAGUCGGUUGAUUGAGAGCUGCAUUUUGCUCAGCGCUGGGUGUCUACGGCUUUGAUGUUUUAGACUGCAGAAACUCUUCCGUCACGUUAAACGUGGUUCUUCUAGAGGAUGAAGGUUCACCCUGGAGUCUGAAGUUUGUUCAAGACGUGGUGUAUCAGGCCGUGCGGGUGGAAAACCAGAAAAACCAGGAUGCAGGUUUGGACUUCAGGAUGAAGGUUCUCUUCAGUGGUUUCAACACCACACAUUACCGGCGGCGCGGCUGCGGCAGCAGCACAUGUGAAGCUGCAGAGAUUCUCAAAUCCCUGCAUAACAGCAGCGAGCUCGGCUGUGUCAUGCUCGGCCCGUCCUGCACAUAUGCCACUUUCCAGCUGGUGGAUCAGGAGGUUGGUCUGACUCUGACCGUGCCCAUCAUCUCAGCGGGGAGUUUUGGUUUGUCAUGUGACCAUAAAGAGAAACUCACCCGUCUGCUGCUGCCGGCUCGCAAGAUCUCAGACUUCUUCGUUCACUUCUGGAACGUGUCAUUCUCUAACCUGAAGCCAGAGUGGAAAACAGCCUACAUAUAUAAACAAGUCAACAACACAGAGGAGUGCUUCUGGUAUGUCAAUGCUCUUGAGGCCCCGUCUGCUCUGUUUGCCAGGAACAUUUCCAGAGUCAUGCUGAGGAGUAAUGAUGAGGUCAAAAAAGCGCUUCACAGUUCAGACCGACACAGUAACAUUUUUGUUCUGUGUGGAACACCUGACGACGUUUUGGCUAUAAAGAACAGCAGUCGGGUUCCUCCAGACGUGGUGUUUGUCCUCAUUGACAUGUACAAUCAGGGAUAUCACGUCAACAUCUCCAGCUAUGAGCACAUGAGAGACGUGUUAGUCAUCACCAUGCACAGCUUCAGGAACUACUCCAGUGACAACUUCUCACAUUUAAACGCCACGGCACUCAAUGAUUAUGUGGUGGGUUACCAUGACGCCGUUGUUCUCUUUGGUCAAGUGAUGAGAGAGAAUCUACUGGCCAUAAAAAACCAAUCGUCCAGCAGCAUCAUUGACAAUCCCUUCAGGAGCACAAGCUUUCAGGGUGUAGGUGGACACUAUAAAAUAGAUGCGAGUGGUGACAGAGAUCUCAAUCUGUCUGUGGUUUACACAACAGGCUCAAACUAUCAGUAUAAGACUCUGUUUGUGUUUGACACGUCUGUGAACCAAACCGAGAGGAAUCACAGUAAUCCUGACCUGCCGUGGGCCGGAUCACGUCUGCCCAGCGACAAACCUUCUCACGGUAUGGAGGUUCAGAACAUCAUCAUGAUCGUUCUCGGCCUCAGUGUCGUCAUGGCGACCGCUAUGGCUUUCAUACUCUACAGACAGAACAGACGAGUGCGUUACAACCAGAAGAAAUGGUCACACAUCAAUCCUGCGCUCAUCACACCGCUGGACAACAAACAGAGAAACAACAUCAGUCUCAGAAUCGAUGAAGAUAAGAAGGGUGACAACAUCAUCCAGAUACACAAAGGCCGUUACGACAAAAAGCCGGUGAUUCUGAAGGAACUGAAGAACACAGAUGGGAAUUUCUCUGAGGAUCAGCGCAUUGAGCUCAACUCUUUGCUGCGCAUCGAUUAUUAUAACCUGACCAAGUUCUACGGGACGGUGAAGUUCGACAGCGGCGUGUUCGGAGUGUUUGAGUUUUGUGACAGAGGAUCGCUCAGGUUUGUGCUGGACGACAAGAUCUCAUAUCCAGACGAGAGCUUCAUGGAUCUGGAGUUUAAGAUCUCAGUCAUGUACGACAUCGCAAAGGGCAUGUCGUACCUUCACUCCAGUAAUGUUGCUGUUCACGGCAGACUGAAAUCCACAAACUGUGUGGUGGACAAUCGCAUGGUGGUGAAAAUCACAGACUUUGGCUGUAACACCAUCCUCACGCCUGGGAAAGAUCUGUGGACGGCCCCUGAGCACAUGAGGGUUCAGAGUAUCUCUCAGAAGGGAGACGUGUAUAGUUUUGCCAUCAUCGCUCAGGAGAUCAUCUUCAGGAAAAGCACAUUUUACACCAGCGACUGCUCAGAUACGGCAGAGAAGCUCUGUUGUGUUCAGUACCCGAGAGGACCCAAUGUGUUCAGACCGGAUCUCAGUUUUGAGUGUGUUGGAGAGACAGAAGCUGAGCUGUUUGUCCUGAUCAAGAGCUGUUGGGAGGAGGAUCCAGAGAAGCGACCAGACUUCAAGAGGAUUGAAGGAGCUCUGGGGAAGAUCUUCAGCAAUCUUCACAAUCAGGCCAACGCCAGCUACAUGGACAAUCUGAUCCGCAGACUGCAGAUGUAUUCCAGAAACCUGGAGUACCUGGUGGAGGAGAGAACGUCUCUGUAUAAAGCUGAGAGAGACCGAGCUGACCAACUCAACCGCAUGCUGCUGCCCGGGCCGGUGGUUCGCUCUCUGAAGGAGACGGGUCGUGUGGAGCCUGAGCUCUUUGAUGAGGUCACUAUAUACUUCAGUGACAUCGUGUGCUUCACGACUCUCUGUCAUCACAGCACACCCAUGGAGGUGGUGGACAUGCUCAACGACAUCUACAAGAACUUUGACAGCAUUCUGGAUCAUCACGACGUCUACAAGGUGGAGACGAUCGGAGACGCUUACAUGGUUGCGUCUGGACUGCCCAAGCGGAACGGGAACAGACACGCCGUAGACGUCUGUCUCAUGGCUCUGGACAUUCUGGAGUUCAUGGGAACGUUUGCACUAAGACAUCUGCCGGGAAUCCCGCUGUGGAUCCGGAUCGGAAUACAUUCAGGUCCGUGCGCUGCAGGUGUUGUGGGGAAUAAGAUGCCGCGAUACUGUCUGUUCGGAGAUACUGUGAACACCGCAUCACGCAUGGAGUCUACAGGACACCCUCUCAGGAUUCAUGUGAGCGAGUCGACCAUUGAGAUCCUUCAGAGAACAGAGUGUCAGUUUGAGUAUGAACGCAGAGGAGAAACUCACCUGAAGGGUAAAGGAAAGGAGGUCACCUAUUGGUUAACUGGAGUUAUAGGACAGAAAUACAACCUGCCAACUCCACCUACAGCAGAGAAUUUCCAGCGUUUGCAGCAGGAUCUGUCCGAGCGCAUCAUAUCAACACUGGCCACACGAGGAAAUGAGCGCAGAAAAACUCUCUCCACACGACACCGCAGAACACACACACACACUGAACACAACCAGCUCGAAUACCUGCACCUCACAGACCCAAACACACACCUGUGACACACACCUGAGAGACACACACACAUGAAGACAACCAGCUCGAAUACCUGCACCUCACAGACCCAAACACACACCUGUGACACACACCUGACAGACACUCACACACACACACACACACACACACACACACACACACACACACUGAAGACAACCAGCUCGAAUGCCUGCACCUCACAGACCCAAACACACACCUGUGACACACACCUGAGAGACACACACACAUGAAGACAACCAGCCCGAACACCUGCACCUCACAGACCCAAACACACACCUGUGACACACACCUGACAGACACUCACACACACACACACACACACACACUGAAGACAACCAGCCCGAACACCUGCACCUCACAGACCCAAACACACACCUGUGACACACACCUGACAGACACUCACACACACACACACACACACACACUGAAGACAACCAGCCCGAACACCUGCACCUCACAGACCCAAACACACACCUGUGACACACACCUGACAGACACUCACACACACACUGAAGACAACCAGCAUGAAUACCUGCACCUCACAGACCCAAACACACACCUGUGACACACACACACACACACACACACUGAAGACAACCAGCCCGAACACCUGCACCUCACAGACCCAAACACACACCUGUGACACACACACACACACACACACACACUGAACACAACCAGCUCGAAUACCUGCACCUCACAGACCCAAACACACACCUGUGACACACACCUGAGAGACACACACACACACACACACACUGAAGACAACCAGCCCGAACACCUGCACCUCACAGACCCAAACACACACCUGUGACACACACCUGAGAGACACACACACACACACACACACUGAAGACAACCAGCCCGAACACCUGCACCUCACAGACCCAAACACACACCUGUGACACACACACACACACACACUGAAGACAACCAGCCCGAACACCUGCACCUCACAGACCCAAACACACACCUGUGACACACACCUGAGAGACACACACACACACACACACACUGAAGACAACCAGCCCGAACACCUGCACCUCACAGACCCAAACACACACCUGUGACACACACCUGACAGACACUCACACACACACACACACACACACACUGAAGACAACCAGCCCGAACACCUGCACCUCACAGACCCAAACACACACCUGUGACACACACCUGACAGACACUCUCACACACACACACACACACACACUGAAGACAACCAGCCCGAACACCUGCACCUCACAGACCCAAACACACACCUGUGACACACACACACACACACACACACUGAAGACAACCAGCCUGAAUACCUGCACCUCACAGACCCAAACACACACCUGUGACACACACCUGACAGACACUCUCACACACACACACACACACACACACACUGAAGACAACCAGCCCGAACACCUGCACCUCACAGACCCAAACACACACCUGUGACACACACACACACACACACACUGAAGACAACCAGCCUGAAUACCUGCACCUCACAGACCCAAACACACACCUGUGACACACACCUGACAGACACUCUCACACACACACACACACACACACACUGAAGACAACCAGCCCGAACACCUGCACCUCACAGACCCAAACACACACCUGUGACACACACACACACACACACUGAAGACAACCAGCCUGAAUACCUGCACCUCACAGACCCAAACACACACCUGACUGACCGAAACACACACCUGUAACACACACCUGACAGACACACACAUACACCUGACUGAACCAUACACACACACUUGUAACACACCCGACAGACACCUACACACACCUGUGUGUUUUUUUUUAACCGAAUGAAUUGAUGUUUAUUAUGUUUGUGUGUUCUACUGUACGUUUGUUUUGUUGUUUAUUCUUUGAUCAAACAUCAUUGAAUCAUUGAUUUGUUUUACUGUAGAUGUUGUGUAGCAUGUGUUUAUACAGUUAUAUGUGUGAUCAGAACUCAUUAUUCCACUUAUGUAGAUAGAAAAUAAACAAGCUUUAUUUUCUUAUAAAAUGAUUCAUUUACUAAACUGACUAAUAAACAAAGACAUUAAAUAAUGAUAAAUAUGACACUUUAUUAAACACAAUAAGAUCUGUCUGAGAUCAUAACAUUUAUAAACAGCGUCUGUUGUGUUAGACUCAAUGUUACUGUAUUUCUCAUUAAAUGAUUGAAGCGCUCAUCUCUUCAUGAAAACAGC